CUUUCUCGCUUCAUUGUUUGACAGAAAGAGUCAGAAAACGGAUGUACGAUCAUUCUCUUGCUAGUCCUAACGUGGUGUAAAAGUGCCGUGUUACCAUUUGUCCUGCUGCGAAAAUCAUCUUUUGUCCCGGAAAAGCGCUGAAAUGGCCGAUGAAUAUUUCUAUGGAGCUACCUUGAAGGAAGGUAGCAAGACAGUGACCUGGGACCCAGACAACAAAGCCGACGGUUACCCGAGGACACACAAGCUAAUUAUCAAGCAGUGCAUUCUCGGCCACGAGGCAGCAGCGGAUGAGUUCAACGUGGUACAGGUUGAGACAAUGACCAUCCGGGACACGCUGCGUACCCCGAUUGCAGUGUUGAAGGUCGGUGAAUCUCGGCAGUGUCGGCUGGAUCUGGAAUUUUCGGAUUCACCCGUCACGUUCACGUUGAUCGAAGGCAAGGGGCCGGUGCACAUUCACGGACAGCACUUGCUUGGAUCGCUAGUUGAAGAGUUUGAAGACAUGGAAGAGAUGGAGGAGGAAGUACCAGAGGAAGAAGAAGACGAUGAAGAUGACGAUGAGGAGGGCGGCCCACAGAAAAAGAAGCAAAAGUUGACGAACAAUUCAAAGGGCAAACCAAACGCUGCCCCGGCUGGCAGCAAUAGCGCCAAAAAUAGCAAAAAGAAAUAAGCCGGUUCUUCCUUGCGGAAGCUAACGGACUCUGGACGAGCAGUACGUGAGUUCUGUUUGUUUCCAUACUUUCCCCGAGCAUCUCUCCUUUUUAAGUACACAUAAACAAUAUACACAUCUAAAGCAGCAGCACAUACAACCAGUAACAAUUGUAAGAGUUCAAGUGAUAACCAACACAGAAACUCGAGUAUAUAUUCUAUCGUUCCUUUUCCAUCCGAGAAAAUCAUACAGAAGGACUGAUGGAGCUGAUUCCUUCAAUUGAUACUAAACACUGCAUAACAUUAAAAGUAAAACCGUAGACUGUAAGAUAACUCACGACGCCCGAGCUCUGCUCUGUGUAUUACUUUUGUAUAAUUUUCGGUUAGUGCCACCUGCCAGUGGGUAAAUUUUUUCCUCCUACCCAAAAUGGCAGUUUUCAAUAAAAAGUAGGAGCCAGGGUAGAAUUUAUUACGGUAAGUUCGAUAGUUGCGGUGCAAAAGAGAAAUAAAAUUCAAAAACAAUCUACAGUAUUGUUGUAGUCCAGUCAAAUAACCUUCGAAACUUCAUCGAUUUUGUUUUAUUUAGCAUCGCCUAGAAAGGUUUCCGAAAACUAAUUCCUAUACUUCAGGCUGGCCAAUAAUUAGUACACGAGCGGUAGUGACGAAUUGAUACAAAAGCGAAUCAGUCCAGAGCUGCACGGAGCGGUAAGGAGUAAACAGAAUGUGAAGAAAUAAAGAACAAAAAUUAA